AGAAAUGACGAAAUCCGAAGCCGUGUAUUAGAGACGCGGGGUGUAUUUUGGGGUCUGCUACUGGCCACGACUUUUCGCAGAGGUUGAAUGAGACGAAGCUACCUUGUGCUUGACGACGGCAACUUUUGUUCCUUGUCUAUCUUUCUCUUCUAGUACUCCGUAGUAUUCUAUUCUCCCUUGAUUAAAAUUAACUUUUGCUAGUCCUGGUCAGGUCCAGGUACGAGCGGAGGGCGGCGGCGGCGGCCGAAUCAACGAUUUCCUCCUCUAGAAUCUCCGCCCAACCUUCCUUCAAUCCCACCUCCAUCUUCUUCCUCCUGUCAAGUUCCCUCCUCAAUUCUCUUCCCUCCCUUGAUGCCAGGUGGCUCGAUCUAUCUGUUAGGACCUGAGCCGUGGGAAUCAAGUUCCUGGCUUUGAAGCAAACUCAAACCAGUUUGCCUAAGGCUUCUUUGUCCAGACACCUUCAGCUGCCGUGGCCUAGCUUGAACAUCUAGCAUCUGCAGUUUUCUGAAAUAUGGUGGUGGUUCCUGAUGGUGGUGGUAAUGAGAAGAAACCUGAUGGCGAGAUACACGAAGAAGCCGCAGGAGGACCCGGGAACAUCAACGUGAAGGAUCACAUAGCCCUCUAUUUCAGCUCACCCAAAGAAAAUGGACACGCCUUCGAGCAGCUGCGGGAGACAUCGUACCGGUUCACGCCAUACGAGCCGCCGUCCUCCAACCCGCAACAAUCAAGCUCCCCUUCCUCCUCUUCCAGGGAGAUGAUGCUCGGCGACCAACGAAACGGCUCUUCGGGAUCCUUCCGCUCGUCUCGACGGUCCUCGAGGCGCUUCGCGAUACCUCUGGUGAAGAAGAUUGACUGGGGAUCCCUGUGGGGCAAGUCCAAGGUGUGGAUCAGGAACCCGGUGAACAUGGCCCUCUUCGUGUGGAUUGUUGCUGUUGGAGUUUCAGGCGCCAUCCUCUUCAUGGUCAUGACAGGGAUGCUGAACCGCGUUCUGGACAAGUCCCAAAAGGACACCUGGUUCGAGGUCAACAACCAGAUACUGAACGCGCUGUUUACCCUCAUGUGCCUGUACAACCACCCGAGACGGUUCUACCACUUGGCCUUGCUCUGCCGGUGGCGAGCCGCCGACAUGCUCGCGCUCCGAGAGAUGUACUGCAAGGAUGGGACCGUAAAGCCCAACGAGAGGAAGCACAUGAUGGUGGUGGUUUUGCUGCUUCAUCUCAACUGCUUUGCCCAGUACGCUCUAUGUGGCUUAAAUCUUGGCUUGCCAAGGAGCAGGCGGCCGGCGGUGGGUGUCGGGCUGACAAUCUCGGUGGCAAUAUGUGCACCGGCGGUCGCUGGCUUGUACAACAACCUCAGCCCCCUUGGGAAAGACUAUGAGGCACAGGCCACCGACGAGGAGUCGGGUUCGCUGCAGCUCGAAAGAAAGACCAUCGAGAAGAGGUACUCCUUUGCCAUGCAAACUGUCGUCUUCGAGCAGGAAGGUGCGGCGACACCCGCGGAGCAUAACCCGGUGUGGAAGGGCGGCGUGCUCGACCUGUGGGACGACAUCUCCCUCGCCUACCUCUCCAUGUUCUGCAGCUGCUGCGUGUUUGGGUGGAACGCCAGCCGGCUCGGGUUCGGCAACAUGUACGUGCACACAGUGACCUUCAUCCUCUUCUGCCUGGCGCCCUUCUUCAUCUUCAACCUCGCGGCGAUCAACAUCGACAACGAAGCGGCAAGGGCCGCGCUUGGUAUCGGCGGCGCCCUACUCUGCGUUCUCGGCCUACUCUACGGCGGGUUCUGGAGGAUCCAGAUGCGCAGGAGGUUCAGGCUCCCCGCCAACCACUUUUGCUGCGGCAAGCCGGACGUGACUGACUAUUUCCAGUGGCUCUGCUGCUGCCCCUGCUCUCUUGCUCAGGAGGUCAGGACGGCCGAUGCCUACCAGAUUGUGCAGGAAAAUAGGAUGCAUCACCACCAUCGCGGAGACAAUGAUUCCACCUCCCAGGUCCAGAUGCCUAGCCACGGUGAUGAUGUGCAGCAGCAGCAACAGCCAAUGAGGUUUGCAGGUGUCCUCGUACCAAAUGGGGCCACUAAUACUAGUACCAACACAAUACCACCUGCUGUACCUGUAGUUAUACAUAAAUAGAUAGCAACAUUAUGGUUAGAUGAACCAGUAAACUUAACUUUAGAGAUCCCACAGUAAUUCAUUGUACAUGGAAGAGGAUAAGGCAUGUAAAUUAUUAUUAGAGCAUAUACCUCGUUGUAGUUCUGAUCCCCUUUCCCUGCUGAAUUUUGAGAAAUGAAGAUGCACC